AUGCGGUUGCUUUUGACAGCGCUGUGUGCGGCUUCGGUGCUAGCUGCCGCUCCCCCGGACUUGAGGGCAGAUGAAGCUCAAUUGAAAGACGUCAUCCAGGGCGUAGUGGGUCGUUACCUAGGUGACUCGAACGAGUCGAAAGUCUUGUCUUCAGCUCUGAUGAAGGCUUUCGAAGACGAAGGGCUCGGAGAUGACAGCGACAACUACAAGGUUUCGGGAGCACCGCGCACAGUUUCCCUCGAAAAGCGGGACAUCCGCGCCGAUGCGCUACCACCCCCGGAGUUGUUCCUCGAUCUUCUCGGAGAGGACCUCGACAGUUCUCGGAAACCAACGCUGCACAUGGAGAUCGCAACCAACGUCAAACGCAAUUGCACCAAGCGUAAGCGACGAAAGAAGAAGUCGAAACUCGAACCGGUCAGACUCCCUGUCGCGGAGACGUCUCCUCGACCCGACCUCCAGGAAAACACCGAUUUCUCAAGUUUCGGAGUUCCCCCGACCCAUGUGGAAAUCCCCAGACUUUCGACGAGUGACAAACAAUUCUUCCACGAUGACCCCCCUCAACGACCGGCCGCGAGCUCAAGGGGAGACUCUUCCCACGCUCGAUCAUCCGAUUCGAAACAACGGAAUCACGAUAAGCUCCCCGCUUUCUCCGAGCAAGCUCCCACCAGUUAUCAAGUUUCGUCAUCGUAUUUCUCGCUUGGAUCGACCGUGAAGCCUGGCACUCGCCGGAAUCCUUUCGAACGUUUUGAGCAUGCGACCAGCUCGCCGUAUAGAGAAGAAGUUCCCGUGUCAAGAGAAGCGCUCGUUCCGAAACGAGGCAAGAGCCGGGAACCUCGCACGACAACUCCUAACCCUCUGAGUGGUUCUGCUAGUUUGGAUGAUGGAUCACCGGAUCCCCUGGCCACAUCCGAACCAAACAAACCGUCACGAAUUCCAAAAGUGCGACUCACGACCCUUGAACCACCGACUGACCCGCAUCGGCCAGAAGUCGCGCAAUACAGUUUUUUGCCUCAGAGCACGACCACGUACCGUCCCGUGAGCUCGAGCCGGGGUCCCGACGGGAGCUAUAGGACCCUGAUUCCAUCUUCGCUCAACAAAGGAACUCUGCAACAUUUCAGUCUGUUCCCCAAGCAGCCCCAAUCAAAUUCCUUCUCGAAGAUAAUUCUGGCCGUCGGCGGUGCGCGGUACGCGCCGCUCUCCAUGAGCUUAACCUCUGAUCUCCUCGCGAAAAUUCAUUCGAACUCAUCCGCGCGCAUGCAUCCCGCAGCGGAUUCGAAGUCCGCUGCCGGUCCGGACUCCACCGACAGGACCGCGUCUCCGACGGGCUUCUACAGCACCAUUGUGUCGAAGCAAACUUCCUCGCUGGCUUCUGCGGAUGAGAGUGGGGUGAUACAGACGCCAACGAGCCGUUUCAGUCCUGAAUAUGCGGAAGGUCCUCUUGGAGCUCCCGGCUCGUUGCUCCCGAUGUCACCGAAAGUUGUCAGUGGUCAAGUUCUGGUUUUCUCUUCGCAAAACCGCCCUGAUGACACCGAGAUAUAUCAGAGUGUUCAGAAGGAAUCCCGCCCAGAUGAGGGGAAGAAAUCCGAUCGGGAUGGAGCAAUCGAGAUCACAACCAGCUCCCCUCAGCAAACAACGGACUGCGUUACCCACGCGGCGACCGCCACAGUCAGACCGGAGUUCGGAGCGAGGAUGGCUCCGCCUCCUAGCAUUCCGAGGAGGGCCGAGGUGCACGCUGCGGACGGGCCGACACCUGCAGAGCCGAGAGAAACUCUCACUGGGCAAGGAUUCAUGCCUGAUGCUCCGACAAUUCUCAUGCAGGUCCCGCUUCCGGAUCACCCUGAAUUCUCCAACCAUGGCUACGUCAAAGGGAAUGCCCAGCUCCAUAUACCGCUCGUUUACAAGCUACAGAAGAAGAAAGACAAAACCGCCAUUCGAGGUGAACUGGCGAAAGAGCGAACGCUGAUUAGUCUCCCCAACAAUCCUUUCGCUAGAUUGAAUCCUGUGAACAAGGCCUACUACAAAUACCGAGAAUCCGAUCUGAAGAGCUAUCUGCCUAAAGCUUUCAUAAAACUCGAACGAGUGCAAAACGUCCAGGUCAACGCUCAGGCGCCCCACCGAAGCAUGGUCGUCUUCGAAUGA